AUGGCAGGCUACCUCAUUGGGAAGCACCCGCUGCAGCGGAUGUCUAGUCCCUCUCGUGGCCUAUCCGCCUUGGUCCAUUUGGCCGGUCUUUCCAGCUUUCUAUGGUCUUUCAAAUACAUGCAUGAAAAUCCUAAUCAAGCUAACCAGGCCUAUGGGUGGCAUUUCCAAUAUCUGACCGUGAUUGGCCUUUCUGUGUCGACUGUUACGUUUGCUGUUGCCUUACUGGCGGAUAUCACCUUGUCUCGGCGACUGUUUCUCGUCAAGAAUCUCCUGUCCGUGUGCUGUGCCCCACUCGAAGUCUUGAUCAGUGUGCUGUACUGGGGCCUUCGCUUAAUCGAUGAGCGUCUCGUGAUCCCCGAGUGGGUAGUGAUCCCCCUUCAUGCCGACAUUAGUUUCCACGCAGUCCCUGCUGUGGUGUUACUGAUUGAUCUACUGCUACUGUCACCGCCAUGGACCAUCAGCAUAUUCCCCGCACUGGGACUUUCGGGUACCAUCGCCUUUGGCUACUGGUUCUGGAUUGAGCAUUGCUUCUUCCACAAUGGAUGGUACCCAUACCCCAUCUUCGAAGCUUUACCCCCGACUGGCCGCGUUGGUCUAUUCACUUUGAGUGCUGUCGUGAUGGCAUCCAGCACCAUCACUCUCAAAUGGCUCUUUGGUCGUGUCAAUGGAUUUGGCAACCCUGCCAAACCAGAGUCCCGCCCUGGUGAUAUCAAGCGCAAGGAAAGUUUGUAG